AUGCCAGCAGGAUCAAGCUCUUCUGAAGGCAAGCUUUCUGCUACUGGUAACUCUUUCCAUGAGUUUAGUGGAUACAAGUGCCAGCAUUGUUCAAAGGUGUUCAAGUCCAUGCGUGCUCGCGGCGGCCACCAGAGCGUCCAUCGGAGGAAAAAGCCUCUCCGGAGGAAGAGAGGGGAGCCGCCUAUGAAUCCUAUACUAGCGGCAGUUUUAGCCCACCAUAUUUCCUCAGACGAAGAGGAUGAUAAUGAACGUCCGCCACCACCACCACCACCACCGCCCGCCGAAGUUCAGCCAUCGGAUGACUCUGUCGAGCCGGCGCCUACAAAUGAAUCAUCUUCUUUCAAGCCUCAGGAGAAGCAGGCGGUGCAGCUUGAGACAAAGGAUCUUUUAGGGUUAUGGAACCCUAGGGCUGGAUUCUCUCAGACCUCUUGUUCUUCAUCAGCUGAGAGAAUCACAUUGGAUCUUUUUCCUCAGGAGAAGAAGGGCGGCGAGAAAGAUGAUCUGGACUUGGAGUUGAAGCUUGUUUCUGACAAUUAUAAGAAAGCCAGCUUGAGGUUGAAAUUAGGGAUUUGA